CUUCAGUCGAACGAUCGACGCUCGCUAGAACGGUUGCUACCACACUUCGUUCUUACCGUUGCAGUUGGAGAGGCCAAGUUCGGCGCUUAUUAUAUUCGUGUGGCUUUGAACUAGCGUGUGUUGUUUCAAGUGCUCCCUAGAAAAAAACAAUCGUGAUCUAAGAAGGUGAUAUAACUGCAGUCGAUCAAACAGUUAUUUCGAUGGGCCAAUCAUGUCUCUGAUCAUCCUAUUUCUGUGAAGAAAAAAGAAAGAGAACAUCCAUCGCAAGUGCCUCAGCAUCUGGAGGAAGCUAUUUUCAAGCGGAGGCGUUUCGAUCUAACGUCAUGAACCGACAUCACCAUCCGUUGGUUGCAUCAUUCCAAACAGCCGGAUCGUUGACGUGUUUCUUCUUCUUCCUGUUUAUUCUACCGCAGUUUUUCAUCACCACAGUCAACGCAAUCGAUUGCUUCAAAUGCGUCUCCGUCAACGGCGAGAAUCCCGCCUGCGAGGACCCGUUCCACAAUAACUUCACCAGCGAUCUACUAGAAUCGCCCUGCAUGGGCGGACGUAAAAACCGCAAUGGUCUCUUCCCAGCCACAGCAUGUCUCAAGCUCGCCGGUCGUUACGCUGAUGGUAAUUACGAAAAAAUGGUGAUUCGUACCUGCGCCCUGGAUUCCGGUUCAUUGACACUUGACACGGAACUCGUCCGAAUGUCCCAUUGUGGCAGUUUCGUUCUGGACGGAAGGUACGUCAACGGUUGCCUUCAGAGCUGCGAUGACGGCGACGGGUGCAACAGGGCGCCAGAUCGUUCCAGCUGGUUGCGGAUGGCCGCUGCCUCGGCCACAUUCUCUCUCAUCUUUGGCUGCAGAAUACCCUUUCAUGUUUUACGAUAAUAUCUACACUUUUUAGUUAUUUCCUUUGUGUUUUUCUUAUAGCUGUAUAAGGUGAAUUCAAUCGUGUGUCAUUUUUUUCCCGAUGACUUUGGCUGGCAUUUUCUUUUCUUUUAUAUGGAAAACAAAAUAUUCUAAGCGUUUCUUAAACCUUUCUUUUUUUUUCAAUUUUACUGACUUUUAUUAGGUUUUCCUUAUUAUUCUAUUCAAAACUGAAUGUAUACAUAGACUGCAUACUGCGUUUGAAAUUUGGAACUUGAUUACGUCGUCGGUUCACUAAACGGAGUAUUGCUAUGUAGAAUGAUUCAAGAAAUAUAGUAUAUGACAUAAGACAUGUAGAUGGCAGAUUUAUACAUGCAUUUGACUUUUACCGCUGCCAGCGAAACUUGUUUGAUGUUUGUCUGCCAAAAAUGGUCCUUCCACCUGAUCAUCGACCUACAUUUUCAUUUCUGUUUGUUCAAUAUUUCAUUUUCGUUUGUUUGUUGACCUUUGUUCAUUUCUUUUCAUUGCAUUUCGAAACGUCAAAAAGAUUCCUACAGCCAUUUGCGAUACAUUUGCAAAUAAACUCUGCACAAAAUAAA